AUGCAACAACAAGUGGCAUCAGAAGUUCAACAUCACCAACUCAAGAAAAAGAACCAAGAAACACAGAUGUGUAGAAAACUCAAACUCAGUAUCACUGAUCACAACAACCUCAAACUCACUACCACCGUUGAUGAUGACGAUGAUGUUUGCGACAAAAUUGACGGCGAGGAUCUCUUCAUUCCACCUCUCAAUUUUUCUAUGGUUGAUAACGGCAUUUUCCGUUCCGGUUUCCCUGAGCCUUCCAACUUCUCUUUCCUCAAAACCCUUGGCCUCCGUUCCAUCAUAUAUUUGUGCCCUGAACCAUAUCCAGAAGCUAACAUGGAGUUUCUCAAGUCAAAUGGAAUCAAGCUUUUUCACUUUGGAAUUGAGGGUCAUAAGGAGCCUUUUGUAAACAUCCCCGACGACACUAUUCGGGAAGCCCUAAAAGUUCUUCUUGAUGUAAGGAACCACCCGGUUAUAAUUCACUGUAAGCGAGGAAAGCACCGAACAGGUUGUUUAGUCGGAUGCUAUAGAAAGCUCCAAAAAUGGUGCUUGUCAUCUGUUUUCGACGAGUACCAACGUUUUGCAGCUGCAAAAGCGCGAGUUUCGGAUCAGAGGUUUGUAGAGUUGUUUGACAUUUCAAGCUUGAAGCAUUUGCCUAUACCAUUUUCAUAUUUGAAGAGGUAA